AUUCCGAUGUCAAAUGUCAAUGUGGCAAAAAUUAUGGAAAAAGGGGCACCAAAAAGAAGAAAAAACUGAGAAUAUAGAAGAGUUGAGUGGAGAGCAGACAUGUAAUCCUUUCACAGAGUUAUACUUUCUUCAACAUCACACAGACAUAGUGCGCCAUCUACUGGUCAUCGAUGAGAGAAGGUGUGUCACUGCUGGGGACGAUGGCAUUGUUGUUGUCUGGGACAUACAGUUGUGCAUGAAGUUGGUAGUUUUGGAGGCCCACAUAAGACCUGUCACAUGCUUGUUGUCCUUUUGUCUAAAGAAUAAGAAUUCUCAUUGGCUCAUUACUGGGUCAUCUGACAAACACAUUAAAGUGUGGGAUAUUGAGCAAGGCAGAUGUGUUCAGGACAUCACAGAACACGAAGCUUCUGUCAAGUGCCUGCUUCCUGUCCUUGAUGAUUUGUUUUUGUCUGCAGGAGAAAAGCUUCACCUGUGGACAAGGAGUGGUACACUUCUAGACACAUGUCUUACCCAUAAACAAGAAGCUGACAUUUCUCUGUUAAUUUCUACAAACCAAAGGAAUGAAAAAUUUGUAGCUGCAUGUGACAAAAUACUAACUGUUUAUUCCAUCAAGGAUUCACUUAAUUUGGAUGAGGCAAACUACAAAAUAUGUAUGCUGAAGAUAUUACCUUCACACCUAGAGGCCAUACGGUCACUGAUUCCCGUAUCAGAUAAAUUAUUUGCCAGUGGCUCAUUAGAUGGCACUAUAUUACUGUGGUCGUCAGAAACAUUCAUACCUCUUAAGAAAUUGAACACCAUGUCAGAAUACAAAGGGAAGGCUAAUGCAUAUCCUUACAGUGUGCAGUAUAUUACUUGUGAAAACCAGAGGUAUCUUUUGGCAGCUAUUGGUUGUGGUUUUGCAUUAUUUGACACACUCUCUAACAAGCUCUUGUGUAAGAAACUAAAUGCUCAUUACUCUAAAGUCACUCAGCUUACAUUGGUAUGUGAUGGGUUGCUGCUAGCUACUUGUUCUGAGGAUGGCAGUAUCCGUUUAUGGGGUCAAAGGUCACACAGUAACACUGGAGAAGAGUUGGUGAAAUCUUCCAUGGGACUUAACCCCAUAGAGAGGUUCUUAGAUAUCAAUUUUGGUCAGCUUCAUCAGAACAGGGGAUCUGACCCAUUUCCUGAACCAGUCCUUCUUGGAGAGUGUCUGGGACACUGUGGGUCUGUGAUGAAAAUAGAGGACUGUGGACUUGAUGGAAUGAUUUCAUGUGGAGCAGACAAUCUAGUCAUUUCCUGGAAGAAUGGUGAAUUGCAGAAAAUGAAGAGAAACCAGUUUAUUCAGGACAAAGUAUUGAAUGCUAGUGGCAUUGUUUGAUUUCUGACAAUCAUUGGAGAUACAUGUAAAGUACAACUGAUCGACAUACAAUAAUCUGUGAUUUGAUUUUUAUCUUUAUUCAGGGCUUUUAUUUUCUUUCAGUACAUUUUGUUCAGUAUUGUUAAUGAGAGAAUUUUUAUUUAUAAUCAUUAGCAUUAUUUUUAUUUGAUUUGAUUUAAAAUUAUUAUUUUAUUCAUUUCCAUGACAAACAAUGCACAAUUACCAAUGUGUUAUUGUCAAGUGUUGAACAGGUCUGGACAAUUUCCUUAUAUAGAAUGAUUCUUCUUGGUGAGAAGUCAAAGGAAAAUUGAAAGUCGCAAUAAAUAUGCUUCAUAAUCAAGUAGAUAUUUAUCUGUCCAAUAAAAAAAAACAGCAUUUCACACACCCACAAGAAACAAUUAAGUAAACAGAUGUCUCUGCUUUUUCCUCUAAAAAAAAUUUUUUGAGACGAAAUUUUUAGAUAUGAGAUGAACAGUUUAAAAGAAUUAGGUAUUCCUCACAUAUUAACUAUGAAUAAACAUUAAUAUUUUCAUCUCAAAAUGAAGAAACACAAUAAUACACGGAAUAGGGUGCAAUAACAAGUAUGUGGUAAUUACUGGUACAUAUUUUAUUAACAUUGUUGGCAAAUAAAACUUUUUGUUUAACUGUUCAAGUUUCCUCAAUAUCAUGAAGUUGUCAUGCAUAUAAAUCUAAGUUGUUUACUCUGUUCAAGGGGUAUUGGUGUUUAAGCAAGUUUUAAAAUUAGGACCUGUCCAUAUUAUGAAUUUUAUGAGUGCAUGCUGAAUGUACUCUACAUGUACGAGACUAUUAACAUUCAAAGGAAGAGGUGUUAAAUUAGUCCAACAGUGAAAGAAGACAAAUGCUUUUUAUCACUAUAAUAUUGCCACUCAUUUUAGAAUUAUGAUUUAGUUUUACACAGAAAUCUUUUAUUUCCUCGGUUUUAAAACACUCAUUCUAGGCUCUCAAACAGGAAAAUCAACUAUAUUUAUAUAUGUAUUUAAUUUCCUAUCACAAUUAAGUUAAAGUAUUGGGAUUACAAACUCAUAAUACCAAUAAAUCUUUUAAGUGAAAAUAUUAAAUGAUUGCUUUAUACAGUUAUCGAUCUCCGCAUCCAUAUAUAGAAAUUGCCAGACCUUUUAAACCAAAAACAAUUAUCUCAGUUUUUAAUUUUUUGACUUGAUAAAAUUUCAAUCAUUAGUAGAUUUGAAAAGUCACAAACUUUAGAGAAGUACCGUAUAUGCUUUGUAAAUAGAUGAGCAUAUAGGAUGAUACUUUUUCAAAAAUACAAUUCUAGUCCACAGUGCAUAACAUAUUACCACAUAUACAUGGAUUAAAGAACUGAAACAUAUUCAUAAUUGGACAUGGUUAAAACUUUGUAAUCAGAUUCUUCUAUUUUGCAAUGAAAGUUUAUUUUUACAAUUCAUAGAGUGGUACCAAGGGUAAAAUAUUCCCCAUGAUGUGAACCAUCAGAGUUGAACUUCCAUAUAUUGAACAUUUUCUGAUAUACACUGUAACUGGUACCAUGGAUAUGUCAUAGCAGGUCAGAAGUCCUAACCACUAAAGCUUUACGUAUUUUACCCUAAAUAUCUUGAACCCUCUCAAAAAUUUCUCUGUCCAAUCAGAUUUGAAGUAAUGAGGUUUGACUGUAAUUAAAUCUUGCAUAGUUUUACAAUUUUUUAACUUGUUUCCUGGGGAAAAAUUUUUAUUUUGUAUUUUAUCAUUAUGACAAAUAGGAAUUUUGUUCAACUGUUUGCUCUCAAUUACAUAUUUGUAUAAACCAAUGUUUACUGCAAUGAGCAAAAAGUGUUUAUAAAGAAAUUGUAUUACAAUAAAUAUGGAAUUAAAUUGUGAAGGUAUUAAGACAUCAUAAGCAAAUUAUUUAUUUCAGGGUUGAUUGGCAAAAUUUAUUCAUUUAUAUGUAUAGAUGUAAAUGUAUUGAAUGUUAUGAGUGUUGCAAUUUGUAGAUUGUAAAUUGUAGAAUGACAUUUUUGUUCUGUCAAACAUUUGACCAUAUCAUUGUGGUGCUUUGAUUGUGCAAUAAACACAUGUAAUUAUAUGCAUGUCUUACAUGGAACGUCAGUACAACCAGAUAACAGAUGUCAGGAAAAGUACAAAGAAAGUAAUCUGCUUUUAUCAUGUAUUUGUAUACAUGUACCUUCCUACAGGGUAAAAUCAUGAAUUUAUCGGGUAUUUAUCCUUCAAAGGAACUGGAAGUUUUUUAUAUUAAAUACUCUGUUCCUAUUCUUGUACAGUGUUUACUCUUAAAAUUCACUUUUCUGUAUCAUAAAAAUUUUAAACUAUAA